AUGAAAGGAGACGUCAAUGGAGAAGAGGGCGGCGUUACGUCGGUUCCGCCAUCGCAACCAUCCUCCGGUGUCACACAGUCACUUUGGCGUAUGUUUGAGUAUGGAGUGACUUCAGAGCAGGGCGCCCGGAAGACGAUGGAAGAUCAGCACGCCAUGGUUCCGGAAGCCAUUCCUUUCUUUGCCGUGUACGACGGGCAUGGUGGCACGCAGUGCGCCGAGUUUCUUCGCGACAAUUUGCACACGUUAAUUCUUAGUCAUCCAGAUGUCAUGACGAAUCCCGAGAUGGCGUUGCGUGAUGGGAUAGCCAAUGCCGAGGCGGAGUUCCUCAAAAAAUGUGCCAAUGGGAAGUGUGAGUCGGGUAGCACAUGCGCAGUUGCCAUUAUUGUGGAUGACACACUGGUGACUGGCAAUGUUGGUGAUACAGAAAUAGUGUUGUGCCGAGCAGGGUCUCCACUGGUGUUGUCCACAAAACACAGCCUGCAGAGCAACGGGGCAGAGAAUGAACGCGUCAAGGCCUGUGGCGGAAGGAUCAUCAGCAACCGCGUGGGCCAUCCAAAGUUCAAUCCACAAGUGUUGAGUCUGGGUAUUACGCGUGCUAUAGGCGAUGCAGGCUUCAAAUUGGAUGAAUACACAGAUGGCAAGCCGUCUGGCAUCAUUGCCGAGGCAGAGACUCGAACCACAAAGCUGACGGACGAUGAUGAAUUCUUUGUCAUUGGCUGCGAUGGCUUGUGGGAUGUCAUGUCUUAUGAUAGAGUCGUGCAAUUUUGCUCUCGACUUGCGGCGGAGGGCGUGCCACCGCAGGAUAUCACCGAUAGAUUGUGCCAGGAGGCUUUGCGGCAGGGGAGUACGGACAAUGUGACGUGCAUUUACAUUAACAUAAAGGCCAAACGACCCAACUCGAGUGACUGGCGUCCCCAGAGUGCUGCUUCUACUUCUCAAAAAAACGCCUAG